AUGCUCUUGGCCGUCCUCUUGGUCAUUUGGUCGGAGAAGGAUUUCCACGCUCGUGCAGACCCUCAGCCAUUCCAGUGGAUUGAAUUCUUUGCUGGACAAGCAGAGGCAACAAAGAUGUUUAAACAACGAGGGUACCAAACUGGCCGACUUGAUAUCAACUACAUGGAGGCCAAAGACAAUUGCAUGAACCCCAUGGAUCUUUUGAGUGAUGCUGGAUUUGGGCUUGCAAUUGCCACUAUCCUUCUGGGUGACUACGUGAAUGGCUGGGUGUGCCAUUUUGGACUGAAAUGCUCGACUUUUAGUACCAUGAACUGUGGAACAUCGGGACGUACACCAUGCACACCGUACGGAAACUUCCAGUACACCAGCGUGUUGGAAGGGAACGAGCUAGCAUCACGGGUGAUCCUUUUGAUGAUGCUGGCGGUAUGCAUGAAUGCUACCAUAUUGCUGGAGCAGCCAGCAAAUACAUUGCUGGAGUAUUACCCACGUCUCCGUGACUUCAUGGAAAUGCUGCGUCACAUUGGAGGUCCCCACUGCGUGCACCGAAUCGAAUGGUGGAUGGCCAUGUACGGAGGCCCUACACCCAAACGCCAUUGCGCCUAUUCAAACAGCCCAGGCAUAGCUAAACUGUACUUGGGAAAGCUAGAGGGGUGGGCCAAAAAAGUCCAAGCUGAAGACCAAGCUGGGGUUGAACGAAUCAAAACCGUGACCAAGUACGUGGACAGUCAAGGAAAGGUUCGUUACAAAGGAGCUGAAGGUCUCAAACCAAGUGAGAACUAUCCUGAAGCCUUUGGGAAGAAGUUGGUCGAUAUCUACCAAGCCCUCAUCACCACCAAGCGUGGGAUGCCGGAGUUACCUGAAAGGGUGCCAUCUGGGGUUGAAACAUUCACCCACAUGAGUUUUGAGGACCCCUGGCAAGAUGCCGAUGUGGUCAGUUGUAUCCACUUUUUACGGGGUGGUCGUAGCUUGUCCAUUCCACAGGAGUGGCGGGAUGCACUCCCUCAAAAAUUGUAG